AUGUCUCCCUCCUCUACCCUGCCCAGUGUCCGCCAGACAUCCAGCUUUGGCUCAGUGGACUGGCUUUCCCAGAGCAGCCGUGUGGGGCCGUCACACACCUCCAGGCCCACUGAAGUCUCUUGGAGGAGUCUUUCUGCUCCGGCCAGGGUGUCCAGCAGCAGGGAGCUCCCUCAGACCGUGGGCCUGGGGGAGAAGUCCUCAGAAGUGUCUUCGCCAGGGACGCCCAUGGCUGGGUGGAGCAAGGAGGCAGACACCCUGCGGGCUCCCCGCGUGCGCACGGCCUUCACCGCGGAGCAGGUCAGCACCCUGGAGAGCGCCUUCCAGCACCACCGCUACCUGGGCCCCCUGGAGCGCCGGAGGCUGGCCCGGGAGAUGCGGCUCUCGGAGGUGCAGAUAAAAACCUGGUUUCAGAAUCGCCGAAUGAAACACAAACGCCAACUGCAGGACUCCCAGCUGAGCAGCCCCUUCUCUGGAGUGCUCUAUCCACCGGUGGCUUUCUGCCCACCCCCCUCUGCCCUGGGCAGUGGCUUGCAGCUGCUUUGCCCUUGGGCAUCCCCUCCUGGGCCUCCAGCACUGGGACAGGCCCCUGGCUCCUUUUGGGAUCUCUGCCACGUGGAACAAGCCUCCCUGGCCUUGGUGUGGGCCUCGUGCAGCCAACAGCCUCUGAUGUGCUGCCUCCGAGACCCUGGGGGCCAGGCGCACACGCUGGGCCCGGCCUUGUCCAGGGGACCCUGGGACCUGUGUGCUCUGCCCCAGACCGGGGAUGCCUUUUGA